AUGGCGGAGUCCCCGGAGCCGGACGCCGAGUCGGGGGCCCUGCGGGAAAAGGUAGCGGCCCUGGAGGCGGAGUUGGAGGCCUGUCGGAGCCGGCUGGAGCGAGAGAAGAAGCUGCGCCUCAAAGCCCAGGCCAGCGCGGCCAAAUUACGGAGAGAGGUUGAAGUACUCAGUAAGGAGAGCAAUGAUAGAAAAAGAAGCGAGAAGGCAACAUCCAGUAUAGAAGUGCAAACUGAAGACUAUGAUGCAUGGUCACAUGCAGAUUAUUACUAUUAUAGCUAUUAUAACAGUACUGAGCCUCAGCCUGAUUUAUCUGGAGAGCCGGUACAGCCAAAUAGUGAUCAUGAAGGCUCAAAUUCUAAUGGUACAGAGCAGUUACCAUUAAGUGAUCAUUCAGCUGUUAAUGGUACAAGCCACAAUGAACGUGAGAUGCAGGAUAAUGUAAUUCAUGAUGUGCAGGAACCAGAAGAUACUUCAUUAGCAGAAGGUACGUUAGCAGAAAGUUUAAGGGCUGCGGCAGAAGCUGCUGUUUCACAAACAGGAUUUAUAUAUGAUGAAGGCACUGGAUUAUAUUAUGACCACAGCACUGGAUUUUAUUAUAACUCGGAAACCCAACUCUAUUAUGAUCCAACCACUGGAAUUUAUUAUUACUGUGAUGUUGAAAGUGGCCGCUAUCAGUUCCAUUCUCGUGUUGAUCUACAGUCUUAUGGAACUUCAGCUGCACAGCAGACCAAAGACAAAAAAAGCAAAAAGAAGAGGAGAGAUGCUGAGUGGCCUAAGGCAAAUGAACACAAGGAUACAGAUGAGCAAAAAUCAUCCAGCACUCUGAAUUGUCUUUCAACCUCUAAUGAAUUAAGCUCUCCAGAAGAGGAAGAUUUUCCAAAUGUGAAAAAGGCUAAAGUGGACAGGGAUGUAAGAAACAGCCUGUCAUCCAAAGAACCAAGUACCACAAAUGGCACCAGUUUAAAUCUUACCAAGAAGGUCAAACAAUGCACUGGUCUUAUGGAUGAUGAUAAGACGGAGUCGGAAAGUGAAACAGAAGAAGGGGAAAUUACAGAUUCUGAACAGGAGGAUUAUAGUAGUGAAGAUGAAGUAACAAGCGAAGAAACUGUGAAUUCAGAAGAAACUGACAGCGAAGAUGGAGACAAGAUCUGGCCGCCUUGUAUUAGAGUGACUGUGAUUAGAUCACCAGUUCUGCAGAUGGGAUCUCUGUAUAUCAUCACAGCUGUCAAGCCCGCCACUAUUGGAAGAGAGAAGGGUAUGGAACACACACUACAGAUUCCAGAAGUUGGAGUUAGUAAGUUUCAUGCAGAAGUAUACUUUGAUCACGAAUUGCAGAAUUAUGUUCUUGUGGAUCAAGGCAGUCAGAAUGGUACUGUGGUUAAUGGAAAUCAAAUACUGCAGCCUAAAGCAAAAAGUGAUCCUUACAUUCUGGAACAUGGUGAUGAAGUCAAGAUUGGAGAAACUGUACUGUCCUUUCAUAUACACCCUGGCAGUGAAACCUGUGAUGGAUGUGAACCAGGGCAAGUCAGAGCCCAUCUUCGCCUUGAUAAGAAAAGUGAAUCUUCCAUUGGCCCUGCACUGACAAAAGAAGAGAAAGAGUUAAAUAGAAGAAAAGCAUUAAAACAAAUACGUGUAAAAUAUGGUUUACAGAAUGCAGAAUAUGAAAAUGAUAAUGUGGUGAAAAAUCCAAAGUACAAGGACAGAGCAGGAAAGCGCCGUGAGAUGGUUGGAAGUGAAGGAACCUUUCAUAGGGAUGAUGCUCCAGCCUCUGUACAUGUUGAAAUUAGUGAUAGCAACAGAGGUCAUAAAAUGUUGGAGAAAAUGGGAUGGAAGAAAGGUGAAGGACUUGGAAAGAGUGGUGGUGGAAUGAAAGAUCCGAUCACACUACAGCUGCACAGAAAACAUGCAGGCCUGGGUGCAAGUAUUCCCAUCUCAACAGAAAAUGUUCAGAUUGUCAACACAAAGAACAAGAGGAACUGGGACAAAGCAAGAGAGAGAUUUGCUGAAAAUUUCCAGGACCCUAAAACACAGAAAAAUGUAUCAAAAAAUCUGCCUUGGGUUAGAGAAACAGCAGAAUGAGAUGGUCAGUUGAAAUUACUAACAUGUUUAAAUAGCUAGAGUUUAUUUUAUGGUAAAAUUGGGGUUGAG